AAGGGAUGGGAUGAAUCUUUUAUUCUCUCUUGAAAUAUAUAUGUAUAUAUAGCCGCCAUAGAGUACUCGUCAAAACCUCUAUAAACUUGAAGCUUUUAUUCUGGUAUACCUGCCUUUCCAUUCAUUUCAUCACCUAUUCUUUCCAAUUACCCAAACCUAUUUUUUUGGCCUGCAAAAUUGAAUCUUCUUCAAGACCCUUAACAAGAUUUCAGCUCAGGAAUUUCAACCUUUUAUUCUGAAAUUUUAUUCUUAUUUGGUUAUCUGGGAGCUCUAAACAGGAGUAUCUUCUUCAUAACCAAGUAGUUAAUUUCUUCUAUAAAAUCAAUUUAUCUAUACUUUUGAGCUUAGUCUUUUUUGAAUUGUAGCUUUCUUUGGGCAGUAGUAUCUGAAAAAUAUACUAGCAAGGUUUUUUGAGAUUACCAGCAGCAGGAGUAUCAGUUUUAGUUAAAAUCUUUCUGUCUACAUAUAUAAUGACGGAAAGAACACAGUCCAAAACUGAACAUGGAAAUAUGGACCAAAAAAUGGGAAUGGGGAGCAAAGGAGUAGGAGAAAGAGUACAGGUUCAAGGCGGUCACAUUCUCCGGUCGACUAGCCAGAAGGACCGGCACAGCAAGGUCUCCACAGCAAAAGGCCCGAGGGACAGAAGAGUUAGGCUUUCUGCUCAUACUGCGAUCCAAUUUUAUGAUGUUCAGGACCGUUUAGGCUACGACCGGCCUAGCAAGGCAGUCGAUUGGCUAAUUGAAAUGGCGAAGGAUUCUAUUGACAAGCUAGAGGGACUACCUCCUAGGCACCCCAAUAAUACUUCAGUAGCUCAAAAUUCAGAAUCUAAUCCAAGUUCAACUGGGACAAAAGUUAAUAUACAAUCAGGAUCUUCGUUUAACAUUCGACCAGGACCCGACCCGGAAUUCAUGACCACGAUGAAAUCUUUCUUCCCAGCAAGUUCUGGGGCGGCUUCAUUGACGAAUUAUCAGAAUUUCCCACAUGAUAUAAUGUCAAGAGCCUCAUUUCAGGCUAAAGACCGUGGUCUUUCACUUCACACUUUGCAAGACCAGAGUUCGACGCAUUCCACUAAUCUUGGCCCGCCUGGUUCAACAUUUCAGGACACUUAUCAAAGAAUGGAUAGUUGGAGUGCCAAUGGAAGUGUGGAAAAUAGGGUUGGAUCUCUUAUUGACUCACAUGCAAUGUCCCAAGUCCAACGAGCAUUUUUCUCCCAGGAUCUGCCAUUUUCUCAUAGGGAACUCCUUCAGUCCAAUUACUCUAACUCUAUUCAACAUAAUCCACAGCCAAGUGUUAACCAAUAUUCAGAUGUCAAUAGCCAAUUCGCGUUUGGUUUUCAAGUUCCAGCUAGAAUUCAUGGAGACAACGAGCCAGAAACCCAAAAUUGAAUUAUCACAGAUUUCUUUCCAUCAUCAGGGCGUGAGCUUGCUGUUUUAUUCCGAAAUGGAAAUAAAGUAGCCAAUGAACUAGCUCUUGAAAGCACAGUUGAUUUGCUGAGGAGAGGCUUGAUAUGGAACAAGUUGCGAAAAUCAAAAGUUAAGUUUUUUUCUCAAAUUAUUAUGAUAGAAUAAGUUCAAAGUUUGUUUACUUUCAACAGUGCUUUUCCAUCUAAUGAGAAAGGAUAAUUACUUUGAAUUUUUAUAUUUUGGAUUCACUAACUAAAACCAGCUCCAUUGCAAGCUUGAAAAUUGAAAUGGUCAUCGAAAUUAUUCAGUUACAUGAGCAAAGCCUUCUAAUGUUUUGAAGAUGUAUAUGUAAUAUUCACAAACUGGCAAUAUAUUUAUCAGGUUACUUCAUU